CCCCCCGCCGCGCCGCGCCCCGGAUGAUGCCCCCGCGGGGGGCGGCGGGCUCCUGCCGCCGGCGGCGCCUGGCGCCCCUCAACGAGGACAACGGGCGGUUCCUGCUGCUGGCCGCCCUCAUCGCGGCGUACCUCAGCGCCGGCGCUACCGUCUUCUCGGCCCUCGAGAGCCCGUCGGAGGCGGCGGCGCAGCUCCGCUGGAACCGGACCCUCCACAACUUCAGCCGCAUCUUCAACAUCAGCCUGCCGGAGCUGCGCGCCUUCCUGCGGAGCUACGAGGCGGCCAUGGCCGCGGGCAUCCGCGUCGACGCCCUGCGGCCCCGCUGGGACUUCCCCGGCGCCUUCUACUUCGUGGGCACCGUCGUCUCCACCAUAGGUUUUGGAAUGACCACACCAGCAACCGUGGCUGGAAAAGUAUUCCUCAUCGUGUAUGGCCUUUUUGGGUGUGCCGGGACUAUCCUUUUCUUCAACCUCUUCUUGGAGCGCAUUAUCUCUCUCCUGGCGUUUAUCAUGAAGGCGUGCCAUGAGAGACAGCUGCGAAGAAGUGGUCUCCUACCUCCCAACUUCCGAAGGGGGCCAGCUAUGUCCGGGGUGGGCAGCCUCGUGGGGUGGAAGCCAUCCGUUUACCACGUGAUGCUGAUUCUGGGAAUUUUUGCUAUUACCCUUUCUUGCUGCGCCUCCGCAAUGUACACAGCAGUGGAAGGAUGGAACUACGUUGACUCCUUGUACUAUUGCUUUGUCACCUUCAGCACCAUCGGCUUUGGAGAUUUGGUAAGCAGCCAAAACGCUGCAUACCAAAAUCAGGGAUUAUACAGAUUCGGAAACUUCAUAUUUAUAUUAAUGGGGGUAUGUUGCAUAUACUCUCUUUUUAACGUCAUCUCAAUUGUAAUCAAGCAAGUUUUGAACUGGGUGUUGAAAAAAUUCGAAUGCAGAUGUUGCCCAAAGUGCCAUAAAUCAAGUGCCCGCCUCGGACGUCGCAAUGCCAUCACCCCAGGAGCCCGCCUGCGUCGACAUAACAUCUCAAUAGAUGCUGAUGGACAGUACGACAGUGACACCGAGGGGAGGAGGCUCUCUGGAGAGAUGAUCUCCAUGAGGGAUCUCACGGCAUCGAAUAAAGUCUCCCUGGCCAUUUUGCAAAAGCAGUUGUCCGAGACGGCCAAUGGCUACCCGAGGAACGUUUGUAUCAAUACGAGACAAAAUGGUUUCUCCGCAGGGGUGGGUGCUCUAGCCAUCAUGAACAACCGCUUGGCAGAAACAAGUGAUUCUAGGUAGAGUUUUUGAAAUUCCUUUUGUUUCUUUAAUAAAAAUAAAAUGGCGAUUAGGGUGGAAUUAUUCCUGUAAGUUACUGGAAAGUUUUAAAUUCAGAGACAGCCUUGGUAUUCAUUGGGCGUUCAGCAUUUUAGUUGCUGGGGGUUUUAUAAGUCUUCUCUAAUAUGCAGUAACAUCUUUACCGUAAUGUUACGAUUUUCCCCAAAGGGGUUUUUGGAAGAGACUUGGACGUCUUUGAUGCAGAAUCUGAUGCAACUAUAGAAGGAUGGUGUGUAUGGUUAGGAUGGUGUCAAACCCAACAUGUCCUUCUUCAGAACAUAGCCUGAACCCAAACUCUGUGUUAAAAUGCAUAAAAUGGGCAAGUUCAGCUCCAGAUUCAAACUUGGGGUUGGUAAGGUUUGGCUAAACCAGUAUCUCACAGUUUGCUGAAGUCUGGAUCUGGCCCUGAAUUUUGUGUUCGAUGCUCUUCAGCAGUUCCUCAUGGCAAGCCUGUAUAUAACAUACAUGUAGGUGACUGCAGUUACACCAGCUUUAGGGUGAUUGUGCUUCACUUGAAUAAUCCUACUGACUUCAAUGAUAAAGGAUCGAAUGGGCUGAAUUUCCCUGACUACAAAUGAUGGUUUUUAGCCAGUCUUGUGUGAAACUCUACCUGCUACCUAACUCUUAAAAGUCAGGGGAUUAUCAAGAACUAUGUUAAAAUGUGCAAAACUGUUCCUACCUACUGAAUAACUGGAAACAGGCAAUUGUCAGCUUCGAUACUGACUUCAUUUAAUGCAAGAAAAGCCAGUAUGCACCUCUGGUGUCAAAUGUUUGCAUCACCACUGAAAUGCUUAUUCAUUACUUUUACAUGAAAAUAAGUAGCUAAAAUGAAUGUAGGCUCUCUGUUGUCCUAAAUUUGCAUCUUUUGCUUCUGCAAUAUUGUUGCAGAGAUUCAUGCAGAUUAUUUCCUUGCAGUUCUUUGGGGGCCCCAACCCUGUACUUGUACCCCACAAAUCUGAUUGUGUAGGUUAUACAGAAGAGCACUGCUUUGGAGCUCCCCCAGAAGCUGGCUUCCCCCAAAACAUUGGUACUAAGUCAUAAUUGGCCACAGGCAAUUGCUGCUGUCUUAAGACAGAUUGAACCUGUGCUAGCCCAGACUGCUGAAGAACCAGAAGCAAACCUGGUCUAAGUAAGUGUCUAGUUUAGCAUGACAAAUGGGUGCAGAGGAAUUGCUGCAAAUCUCUUCCAGAAAUAUAUGCACAGCUCUGGAUCAUUUCUCUAAAUUCUCUGUGCUAGGCCACUCCUUUAAUGCCAUGAAGGUAAUAAAAAGGCUUCUGCUGAUUCCAGCAAGAAAUAAGACUUAAGCUUAAAGUCUGAGAAGCCACAAUGGCCUGCUCUUGAAAACUGCUUGGGAAAUUAUAGGCAAGACCAUGAGUACUAUGUUGAUUGCUGAAUAAAUUGAAAAAUCUGAUGAAAACAAACUAGGAAUAUUAGAAAUGUCUGAAAAUAUUUCCAUUAAGUUUCAUAUAGAUAUUUUACUCUGUUGUUUACUUACUUUACUUCAUUUUGCAUGGGUUGGGGGUAUCCCAUCAUUUGUGCUUUCCUUUAAAUUUGUAGUAGUGCAAAACAUUUUGGAAUUUAACCUUGGAAAACUAACUUUUAAUUUGAGGUUUUGCACACUUGAGCCUGCCAGCUGAAGUAUGGCAGUGAUUGUAUCUUUUGCCUAAAGGAGAACAAAUCAGAGCAACAGAUAAACCAUCACACAUGGAUGUGUAUAAACGUAGUCACAGCUUUUAUCAAGAUGCAUUUGGCCAGAAACAGGCAAUGAUGUUUGUAUUCUGUUUCUAGCUGAUGCAGACUCAUACUUAAGAGUACGUGGUAUGGCAGAGACCGCAUUCAAGAGGCAUUCGUCUGGCAGGAGCUUCCUUGGUGGCAGAGAGACUCCCUAAGGUCCAUGAGUCUGAGUGCCUGUCUGUCUGUGCACUCCAUCUCAGAUGCUACGUUUGAGUGGCCCUUUGAAGAAGCAGGCAGAGGUCAGAGUGCUCGGUGAGCGUAAUUUGAAGCCCACUGAAGGAUAAAUUUAAGCGGGAUGUGUAGGGGCAGGUCAUGGUCUGGGAAAGACUCAGACUGAUUGCAAAGACCCAGCUCAGGAAGGCGCCUUCCAGAGACUUGGGACAUCUUUGGAAACAGCAGAGGCAGGGAACCAAAAGGAUGAAAAUGUGUUCUUUUUCCUCAGGAUUACCCCCAGGGGUAAAUCUCUAACUAUGAUGAUUUACGUGUUUGUUUAUUAAGAGUGUGAAUGGGGCUCUAAUCUUUUUUUUUGCAGCUAGACCUCUCUUAGGGUUGUACCUUGGUACAUUUGCUAUCUUGGGGACUAUUACUCAUUAGAAUGGACCCCGCUGUGUGAAGUGCUGCAUAAAUCGAGGCAGACAGGCUCUGUCCUGAAGGACUUAGGAGUUUGAAUAGAUAGGACCCCAAGCCACAGCAGAAUUACUUAGGUUUAUUAUUUUACUCCUAAAAACAUGUUCAAAUGCAUUAACAUUCU